AUGGCGGCCAUGUCUGAAAAUUUCAUCGUCUUCUUUCUCUUAACAAUGACAACUUGUUCUUCUGUCAUUUUCUCUGCAUCCGUCAUUGAAGAUCUCAACACCUUACAUCCCCCGUUAGAUUUCAACUCUACAAUUUCCAAAAACUGUCAUUUAAACCCUUCUCUUCGUUAUUGCUCUGCUUCUCCAAUGGAUCUAAUUGAAAUUUUCAAGUCCUCCAUUGUUGCUAGCCAUCUUUGCAAUGAAUCCCGCAACCCCAAUUGUGUCGAAUCGUUUCCGAAAAUCGAUCUUCGCAGCCGCCCGAAGAUUGCUCCUUUGUAUCUGUCGUUUCACUUCUUCUGGAAGUACUGCCCUUUGAGUAUCCAUUCCAUCGAUUUGUCUAACAAUUCUUUGAAAGGGAGUUUCCCUGUUGAUGUUUUGGAAUGUAAACAGAUUGAGGUUCUUGAUCUCAGUCGAAACGAACUCGAUGGAGAAGUCCCAUUUCGUAUCUUCUCUGACAUUACUAAUCUAACUGUUCUAAAUUUGUCUAACAAUAAGUUCACUGAGAGUAAGAUGUCUGAUUUAGAGUUGUUCUUUAAAAGGUUUAAUUCGUCGAGUUUUAUAAGUUCUGGUCUUCUCCCAGAUCAUAGGAAGUAUCAAAUGAAGGCUGUGAUCUUGUUGUUUGUGUUUCCCAUUCUUGUGAUUGUAGUAGUGUGGUUCUUGUGGUGGCUUUGUUUCCAUAGGCCUGAUUUCUUGCCAAGGAUGUUAAGGAGGAAGCACAAGUUCACACCGGCAAUGCUCAGGGCUGCGACCGGAGGAUUUUUGAAGAAGAAUUUGAUUGUGAAGUGCAAGGGAGUUGAUAUUUACAGUGGAGUUCUAAGAGAUGGGACUGAAGUUAGGAUUGAAAUCUACGGGAAUGAGAUUGCAAGGGAAAGUAGGAAAGAGUUUAUUGAUGAAUGCAAGAUCUUAACCCAAUUAUCCCACAAGAACUUGGUGAAACUACUUGGCUGGUGUGGUAACCGACGAAUGAGAGCCAUCGUUAUAGAGUGGUCGGAGGGUGAGAGCGUUGAUAUGUGGUUGUCGAGGUCGCCUCCACCGUGGAAACAUAGGCUGAAAGUAGCCAAAGGAGUGUUGGAAGGCAUGCUUUAUUUGCAAGAGGAAUGGCCUGGUGUUGAUUAUGAUCUUAGGACAAACAGCCUUUUGUUGACUAGAAAGCUAGUGCCAUUGAUUUCAAGGUUCAAAUUGGGCCAUCGAAAUAGCAGCUCAAAAAGUAAGUCGAUCUGAAAGAAACUUCACCCAUCAUUUUAAAUACCACGAUCAAAUAAUUGGCAAAUUCAACACUUAUUUAUUUAUUUAUUUAAUUUUUUGUGGUUCUUUAAUGAAAAACAACAUAAGCUGUUCAAUAAUUUCAAUGUGUCAAUAGAUAUUUCUCUGAAUAAGUUUUCAUGAACUUUAGCAUGAGAAAAUUAACAUGGCAGUUGAUGUAUCAGAUAUCUACAAAUUCGGCGUGCUCUUGUUUGAAAUGAUAGUGAAUCCGCAGCUGCGGGAUGAGAUCAAGCAAGGCGAAUCUGAUUUUGUUGGAUACAUAAAAAUGCAACUUCCCAACAAUUUGCAAGCAGUGAUCAACGAAGAUAUAAAGCUACAAAGAGAGAGCAUGGUGAAUCAGGCUAAAGCAGCAAUAAACCUGGCACUGAUGUG